AUGAAUGGACCUCCAAGUCCGCGGCCUGCGCGGCCCAUGAGUAUCAAGGAGAUCACCAACGCAGCGGAGGACUUCGAGUUUAGGACGACGAUCCCUUUCAAGUAUUGGGCGCGCUCCGCCGAUACCUUGUUUCAAGAGGCCACGUUUGCGCUCCAAGAUCGCGACAUUCGAAAGGCGUACCAGAUGCUAUGGCGACACUCGAUUCUCGUACUACAACACCUCAAAACACACCCCGACGCCAAACUUCCCGAGAAUAAGGCUCUCACGAAGCCACUCUUCAACCGCCAGCAGAAGGAGGUGUUUGGGCUGUUGGAAGAGCUGAAGCCGCAAAUUGACCGCGACUACAAUGAGUGGAAGUUGAUGAAUGUGACCAAGAGAAAGGAAGAUGACGAAGCCGUAAAGAGGCCCUCGAGCUAUGACGAGUUCGCCGCCCGCGACCCCACCUUAUCUGGCAAUGCAAAGAUCCUGGACGCCGCCGACAACCAGGAGCUAGCCGUGUCCCUGGCACAGCGGGACUUCAAACGACGAGAUGCUGCGAGAAGAGCAACGCGACAGGCCGGUGUCACCGAAGAAGAGGAGCAAGAGCGUCGGAAGGGUGGCCGCUGGGAGGAUUGGGAGCAUUUUGGCAGCCCAACAACAGCAGCGACGGAGGACGACGAGAUAAGGAAGCAGAUCGAAGCAACGCGACGACGACUCGACGGCACAGACGGAGGACGAGAUGACGGCAGUUUCAGACACUCGCAGGCGCCUAGCUACCAAAGUCCAGUACCGCCGCCGAGACCGCCGCCCAGCUACUCGUACAACUACCCGUCCAUUUCAAGACCGAGAGCGCUGGAAUGGGAGGCGACCCCGUUGGAACCGCAGCGCGCAUACACACCACAGCCACCCCAGCCUCCGAAGCCACCGAAAGAGGAGGUCACGACACUACGGCAGGAACUUGAUGCAGCGCCCCCGAUGCGACCUGGCAAGGAACCUUUGCCUUCUUACGAGUCAAUAUCAACCGGCACGGCGCAACAGGACGUCCCCGAGUUGCCGGCCAAGGAAGAGGUUGUCGCGCCUUCGGCAAAGGAGCGUCUUACUUUCCGUCCUGCAGCCUACCUUGAGAAUGGUGACCCCAUCCGACCUGUGUUCCUCCCGACGCAGCUCAGGGACAGGUUCCUCAGCAUCGCUUCGGACAACACCCGCAAGGGUCUGGAAAUGUGCGGCAUUCUCUGUGGCCGGCCCGUUAACAAUGCGCUGUUCAUUAGCUGCCUCCUUAUUCCAGAGCAGAAGAGCACCCCUGAUACUUGCGAGACCGAGAAUGAGUCUUCGAUGCUGGACUACUGCAUCAACGAGGAUCUUUUAAUGGUCGGAUGGAUUCACACGCACCCCACGCAGACUUGCUUCAUGAGUUCACGCGACCUUCACACCCAGGCCGGGUACCAGGUCAUGAUGCCGGAGAGUAUUGCCAUCGUUUGCUCUCCGCGGCACCAGCCCUCAUAUGGAAUCUUCCGCCUCACAAACCCUCCCGGACUUACUCACAUUCUGCAGUGCACAAAGUCGGAAACGUUCCACCAACACUCCAUCGACAAUCUCUACACGAAGGCGCAGAACCCUCCCGGUCACGUCUACCACUCCGACAAGCUCGACUUUUAUGUGAAGGAUCUGCGGCCAAACCGGUAG